CUCGUCGGCGGGGUCUUGUUCUUUCUAUCGGGACUUGUAUGUCUAUAAGAAUAACAGGCAACCGUCUCCUACAGCAUCCAUUUCUAUCUCUGUCCGACUUCCCUCGCACACCUCUUCCCAGCAUCAUGGCAUCAGACAACCCGUCUAGUUCGAGAAUCGAACUCUACGACUCUACAAUGACGGUUCCAUCAGACUCUGAGAACUACUCUGCUAACCACGAACUGUCGUAUUCACCCCCUUCUUCGUCCAGCUCACCUCUCAUCCUCUACAAACCACCCACUAUCUGGAGCAUCCUGCGGGGAGCGGCGAUCAACCUCGUUCUGCCAUUUGUGAACGGGCUGAUGUUGGGAUUUGGGGAACUGUUUGCACACGAGGCAGCUUACAGACUAGGCUGGUCUGGCACAAAAGUUUUCCCUACACAUCGAAGAUCGCGGCCCAUGGGCCCAGGGAUCGAUGUUCAAGAGGCUCCAACGGAAAGGAGGCGUUUUACAAGGGCAGUGGGUCUGAAGGAUACCUCAUCUUUGGAAUGAACUGCAUGGCCGGAAACAACCGAUUUAGACGUUUGCAUUCCCGAAUAUACGGGCUGCAUGGAAUAUGCCGUCGCCGAUGCUUUCGAGUUUGGAUUCAUUCUAUCGAUGCCGCGAGAGCGAGAUUGUGUGCUAUGUUCUGUAUAUACAUAGAUUCGGAAGCUCCAGCAGGUCUAAUAGGAUGGCGUCUGGCGAAGGGGGUCGAGUCUUGUAUUGUCUUUCAACGCCUCAUCCAAUCUGUCAAUAGCAGGAAGAGACAGUCAAUAGCAGAGCAAAUUGCAGCAGAUGCCGGAUGGAAUGGAAUAUUGCAC